CUCCCUCUCCCCAGUCUGCACUGCAUACAUAGCCAUAUCAUAUCAUAACAUUUCAUCCACAUCCCAAAAAUUUUAUAAACAAAUCCAAACACCCACCUCUCCCCUUCUCUCUUCCACUUCCUCCUCCCCCAUCAACUUCAUAACCCCCAAAAUCCUCCCUCUCCUUACUCUUUAUUUUAUUCAUAUCUCCCCAAAACCCACCAAUCAUUUACCUUGUUUCAGUUCAGGAGCUAGACAGAGAGAUAGAAUAUAUAUAUAUAUAUAUAAUAUAAAAUUAAAAAAAAAGGCAAAAACAAAAGAGAAGGAGAGAAAGGAUCAACAAAGAUGAAAGGUGAAUAUGUUGACAGCAAGAGUGAGUCCCAAAACAUCUUCUCCAAGCUUCACCACCAAAACCUCCACCACCCCCAGCCCCAACACCCCCACUUACACCACCACCCCCACCAAUUUUCCAACCCUUUCCAAGUCAUCCCCCACCGUGAAUGCCAAACCUCUGAAGAAGAAGACACCAGCCGAACCAGCAGCGGCACCGCCACCGUCACCAACACCAACCCAUCUCCCCACAACCCCCACCCCACCUCCUCCGCCGACCCCAUCAACAAUAACAAUCCUUCUGCCGACGGAGCCACCAUUGAAGUCAUCCGACGGCCCCGAGGCCGCCCACCUGGCUCCAAAAACAAACCCAAGCCCCCCGUCAUAAUAACCCGCGACUCCGAGCCUCCAAUGAGCCCCUACAUUCUCGAAGUCCCCUCCGGAAACGAUGUCGUCGAAGCUGUUUCUCACUUCUGUUCUCGCAAAAACAUCGGGCUCUGCGUUCUCACAGGCUCCGGAACCGUGGCUAAUGUCACCCUUCGCCAGCCGUCAACCACGCCAGGCGCCACCGUCAUUUUUCACGGCCGUUUCGACAUCCUCUCCAUCUCCGCUACUUUCCUCCCCCGCUCGUCGCCGUCUUGCCCCAUAUCCAUCCCCAGCGGCUUCACCAUCUCUCUGGCGGGCCCGCAGGGUCAGAUCGUUGGAGGCCUCGUGGCCGGGGCCCUUACCGCCGCCGGAACGGUUUACCUAGUCGCCGCGUCGUUUAACAAUCCUUCUUAUCAUCGCCUCCCCGUGGAAGAUGAGGUGGUCAGGAACUCGGGCUCGGGUGAGGUCCAUUCGCCGCAGCUGUCCGGGGGUGCAGAGAGUGGAGGACACGCGCCGCAGCCUUCACAGUCGUGUGGGAUGCCCAUGUACAGCAGUCACAUGCCUACUGAUAUAAUAUGGGCUCCAACUGCAAGGCAACCACCACCUCCGCCUUACUGAAAAUGUUGAUUAAUUUUCUGUCUCUUUUUUCUUCUCCUUUUUUGUUUUGUUUUUUAUUUUAUUUUCAGUGAGUACUCAGAGUAGUUAGUGUUGAUUAGAAACUAGAAGUUGGUUUUAUUAUUAUCUGAGUUUGGGUACUUAAAAAUAUUGAAGUUCUUGUCUAAUUUCUAUGUGAAUUCCCAUUGCUGUUC